GCCUAGCCAAUCAGAGUCUAUUACGACUCCUGUACGCGCCCGCCGGCGUGGGGCGGGAGCUGCAUUCUGCACGUGCGCAGUCCCCUGCAGGCCCUUCCUUCUCGUUCGGCGCCGCCAACAUGGUAUUCAAGCGCUAUGUGGAAAUUGGCCGGGUGGCCUACAUUUCCUUUGGGCCACAUGCCGGCAAGCUGGUGGCUAUUGUGGAUGUUAUUGAUCAGAACAGGGCUUUGGUUGAUGGCCCAUGCAGUGGUGUGAGGAGGCAGGCCAUGCCAUUUAAAUGUAUGCAACUUACGGACUUCGUGCUCAAGUUCCCACACAGUGCUCGUCAGAAGUAUGUCCGGGCUGCUUGGGAGAAAGAAAAGAUCAAUACAAAAUGGAAAGCCACAAGAUGGGCCAAGAAGAUUGAAGCCAGAGAAAGGAAAGCUAAGAUGACAGAUUUUGACCGUUACAAAGUCAUGAAGGCCAAGAAAAUGAGAAACCGAAUUAUCAAGCAUGAAGUAAAGAAGCUCCAAAAGGCGUCUACCCAGAAGGGGUCUCCCAAGAAGGGGGCUGCCCAGAAGGCGCUGGCCGCAAAGGUUUCCGCCAAGAAGGUCCCCUCAAAGAAGGCUGAGGGUCAGAAGGCCGCCCCGGGCCAGAAGGCUCAGAAGGGUCAGAAAGCCUCUGGCCAGAAGGCCCCAGCCAAGAAAGGACCCGCCCAGAAGGGACCUGCCCAGAAAGGACCUGCCCAGAAAACAGCUGCUCCAAAGGCCAAAAAAUGAGAGGCUGCCAGAAAUCAAAUAAAGGUUUUGCUACACA